CGUCUCUCUAUCUCAUUUAUUAGCGAGUGCACCGGCGGAGUUGGCUCUUCUCCUCUCUAUUGCGCCCACUGCCAUCUCCCGGCGAGAGAGAGAGAGAGAGAGAGAGAGAGAGAGAGAGAGAGAGAGAGAGAGAGAGAGAGAGGCACCUGCUGGAGUGGCUGCUGCCUGUCUUGAUCUCUCACAGGUCGUUUCUGCUGCAUGCAUAGAGAUUUCUAAAGCUCUUAACUGAUCUCCAGCUCUUCUCAUUUUUCAUUGCUUGGAUUGAAGGUCUCAGCAGCAGCUAUCUGUGGGUGUACUUCUCUCUCCUCUUUCCAUUUGGAUGAUUCGAAAGAUCUUGAGCUGGUUUUUAGGGUUUGCACAUACACCCCCUCACCUUACUUCCAUCCUGAAACAGAAAUCCUUUCAGAAAAGGCCUCUAUUUGUUUUCUGAGAGGAAUUCUGCACUGGAAAUUGUUACAGACAAUUUCCUAUAAAAUCUGCACUGCUCAGAGUGACAUCUAAUUCGAUCAUUCUUUUAGUUCUGAUGACUCUUCUUUUGUUCUAGUUAUAUGACCACAUGCACUUUUCCUUCCUUCUUUGCUACAACACAUCGACUGUAAGAUCAGACUUGGGUUUCAUUCUAGAUCUUAUAUUUCCCAUGUCAAAAGUUCUAUCUGAUUUUGUGCAUCCUUUUUGGAUUGUGUUGAUCUCUUCACGAACAACAUAUGAUAGGAUCCGUAAAUUGUGAACUCAAAACCUAAUUUAUACUGCUGGUGUGUGUUGAUUUCAGGUCUUCUUCUUCUUCUUCUUCUUCUUCUUCUUCUUCUUCUUCUUCUUCUGUGCACCCAUAGGCAAUGGCUGGCCAUGGAUUGAUCCAGCAGCAACAGGAGAGGAGGCUGAGGCCUCACCCGGAGCGAGACCUGAAAUGCCCCAGAUGUGCCUCCACCAACACCAAGUUCUGUUACUACAACAACUAUAGCCUCUCCCAGCCCAGAUACUUCUGCAAGGGGUGCAGGAGGUACUGGACCCUGGGAGGCUCUCUCAGGAACGUCCCUGUGGGAGGUGGCUGCAGGAAGAACAAGAGGUCUUCCUCCUCCUCCUCCUCCUCAUCAUCAUCUUACUACUCAAAGAAGGCGCAAGAACUAGACCUCACAUCCACCCCACUUCUCCCUACUCUCAUCCAUCCACCUCUUACAUAUGACCCAAGUGACCUCACUUUUAGGCUUCAAAAGCAGCCACCCAUGGUGCAGUUUGGCCUGGAUGACAAUAGCCACAACCUUAAUCCGGCGUUAUCUGCUCCGGCCCCAACAAAUGGUUUUCUUGACACCCUCGGGCAUGGAUUUCUUGACAUCACAAGACCAAUCGGGUUAAACCACCUUUACCAUGGGUACGGAGUCAAUGGCAGGCUGGAGGAGAUUGGUGGGGAAAACGGAGGACUGGGUGGUGCAACAACCGGCCAAGGAUCGUGCGAAGCCAUGGAUGGAGGAGGGGAUACCAAAGCGUUCACAGGUCUCUCGUGGCAGGAAGGAAGCAUGGAUUCGGCAAGGGAUUGUUGGAAUGGUGCUGUGGGUUCUUCCUUGCAUGGACUGAUCAAUAGCUCCAUGCUGUGAGGUGCACAACUAUAGAUAAUACAUCUGUAUGAUGAAAACUUGUGGUCUCCUUCAAUGUUCUUGAUGUUAUUGUGA